AUGCAGAAGCCCCAGGGAGCUGCAGCGAUGAGCCCACGGGCCCAACCGGCAGCUGUCUACGCCGGAGCAGAUCCAGCCAUGGACCCAAAGACCCGAGAUCCUGGGACACAUCACUCCCCAAACACAAAUGGUGAGGACACAGAGGAGAGGUCCACUCCAUCAGAAGCACCUGCUGCCUCAUCUGUCCCCGACUCUGCUCCUUCAUCCUCUGCUGCUGCCCAACCUCCCGUAGGAAGGAGGAGGAGGAGGACAGUGCGACCCCGGGAGGAGCCAUCUGAGGUUCAACGGGAGCUUCUAGAAGCUCUCCGGAACCGGCCACCACCACCUCCACCCCCGCGGGUCUACUCCUCCAUGGAACACUUCCUCCUGGGUUUAGCUCCAUCCCUGGAAAGACUGUCACUAGAGAAACAGGAAUUAAUAAAGCUCAAAUUAAUGCGGAUGAUUUUUGAACAUAGCACAGUUGGACUAAAUUUGGACCAUGUGGACCCCGAAUAAUGUAACAUUUUUAUGCCUGUGGCAGUUUCUCCAGGGAUGAACCUAAACUUCCUCUCGUUCCUUCUCUCCAUGCCACUACAUUCCUCUUCUCAGUACAAGGUCCUUCUGUGCUUGUCUCCCUCAGUGUUGAGUCAUACA